GUGAAAACAUCGAAAAAUAAAAAGUUCCUCUUUAAUUUUUCCAACUUUUGUUGUAAGCGAAAAACUUCGGAAGCGAAAUGAAAAUCAAGCAAGCUCAACGUCCUACCUCCGCUAACAAAAAAUCAUUCGUCUCCGGUGGGGUUUACAAUCCCAAUGCCAUGGACAAGCCUAUGAUUCAAGAGCCAUCGCAGUCCACUGACCCAGUUCCAGUGGCGGGCGCCAUAUCCGUGCCGGUGCCCAUGCCAUUUAUACUCAAGGAGGAGCCAAUGAAUGAAGUUGGCGAGGAAGAGGGAUCAAACCAGGAUCUCUCCAUGGACAUCAACGUAAAGAAAGGAAACGGGCGCAAGAUCCCCUUCAAGCUGAUCUUUCAGAAACGCAAGAAGCCCUCCGAACGUAAUCGGGACAAGAAGCUGCGUCGCAACCGUCAAUUGCGAAAGUCCUUGCUGCCGAAGAACGCCUUGAAGGCCCUCAACGAGAUAAAGGGCGUGACAAUCGGCGAUUUCACUAUCGACAAAAAUCCCGAUGGAGGAUUUACGGCAAUAGUCACGGUGAACUCUAAGCAAUAUGAGGGUAAGGGUCUGUCAAAGAUGACAGCUAAAAAUGAUGCCUGUGAAAAGGCUUGGCGCGACUUCAUCAUUGCGAAGCUCCAGCCUAGUAAUGUCGUAGGAGGCGAGGAGCCCAUGGAAACCAAUGAGAACGAUGAUCUGCCUAUGCUAAAUCUAGCUUCUUUUGCCAUUUACAAAUUGUUUGGCGAGUGGCAGCGCCAAGGCUUUGACGUUCCUGAGAUGGGUUCGUUGGCCAAUGCUGCUGCUAAAGCCGAAGGGGAAGCCGCACCGCCGAAGAAACCGCUGGGGCGCACCGAGUUACCUUCCGGCUGGGAAUCCAUGCACCCGGCCUCUAUACUUUCCCUUAUGCGUCCUGGUCUCAUUUAUGUGGAUCAAGGAGCCUCUGGGGAAAAGCCAAAUGUGCUGCAAAAUCUUGGAAUCACGGUGGAUAACCAAGAGUUCACCGCUUACGGGAAGAACAAGAAGAUUGCCCGUCGCAAUGUUGCCGUGAAAGUCUGCAACACUCUGUUCGGAACAAACUUCACCGAGAGUGACACUUCAUCUUAAGAAGUACACAAACGACACUUCCAUAUAAAAUAAUUAUAAUUAAAUAUCAUUAAAUACAAGGACCCGUCGCUGAAGUCCCUGUAACUCGAAGACGAUGAAAUCAAUUAAUAGAACUUCGAUUUCUUACACAAUUAUUGUACAAGUAAAUAUCAAUAGCUCUUGUAUACAAAUCAAAUUGAAAAACUAUUUUAAACAAAAUAAAUAUUUUUCUUAAACAAU